CUCUGAUUGUAUUGUUGUUGCUUUGGAGACAAACUUUUAUAAUUAAUGAUGUUGUUUGACACUCUUUUUUCUUUUGAAGUUUUUUUCACUAGAUACACUCUUGCGGUUUUAACGAGGCCAUUUUUCCUUUUUUUUUUUAAAAAAAAAAAAUAAUAUUUUCAUGUGGCAACUACUUAUUAUAAUAAUGUUUCUAAUUAUUUCAACUCAACACCUGCCAUGUCCAACCUAAUACAUAUAAUAUAAAUAUCUGAUUAUUUGUCAUGAUUAAUCUUAAUACAUAUUUUCUACCCAUUGAAAUUUAAAAUAAUUUAGUCCUAUGUGGGGGCUUCAUUUGUGAAAAUUAUACAAAUUAUCUAUGAUGUAUCUCUCUGAACUCAAAUUUCAUUUUAUUCCUAUCAUCAUAUUAUAUAAAGAAAAAACCAGCUGAGAAAAAAGAGAGAGUUAUCAAAACUACAAUAAUAAUAAUAUUAAUUACUCAUGUCAAGAGGUACCUCAUCUUCAUCAUCACCAACCUUUAUUAGUAUUAAUUUCACUAUUCAUUUACAUGUUAUCUUCUUAUUUCUAUCUUCAACAACAACAACAACAGCUCAACCCACUACAGAUCCCUCUGAAGUGAGAGUUUUGAACAGGUUGUUUGAAAAAUGGGAUAUAAAAGCAGAUACGCAACAAUGGAACAUAAGUGGGGAAUUAUGCAGUGGUGCGGCCGUAGCUGAUACACCAACCAUCGAAGAUCCAUCCUAUAAUCCCUUCAUCAAAUGCGACUGUACUUUCAACAGUAGCACCCUCUGUCACAUUACAAAACUGAAAAUUAAUGAAAGGGAUGUUGUUGGCCCAAUUCCAGAAGAGCUAUGGAGUCUAGUCUUCCUCACCAGUUUAGAUUUGCGCAAGAACUUAUUGACAGGCUCUCUUUCUCCAUCAAUUGGAAACCUCACUAGGAUGCAAUACCUGAGUUUUGGCAUCAAUGCAUUGUCAGGGGAGGUACCAAAGGAAUUGGGACAACUUACUGAGCUAAUAACUUUGUCAUUUUCAUCAAACAACUUCUCUGGACCUUUGCCACCAGAACUAGGGAAUUUAUCCAAAUUACAAGAACUAUACAUUAUUAGUUCUGGUGUUAGUGGUGAGAUACCUUCAACAUUUGCAAAUCUUCUAAGUUUGCAAGUAUUGUGGGCAUCAGAUACUGAACUCACAGGAAAGAUACCCGAAUUCAUAGGAAAUUGGUCAAAUCUUAAUACCUUGAGAAUGCAAGGAAACUCUUUUCAAGGACCUAUACCAUCAACACUCGCGAAUUUGACUUCUCUUAAAGAUUUGCGACUGAGCGAAAUAUCUAAUGCAAGUACUUCUCUUUCAUUCAUCACCAACAUGAAGUCUCUGUCGAUUUUAGUACUGAAGAAUAUCAAUGUCAUUGGCACGAUUCCCUCGAAUAUUAGUGAACUCAAAGAGUUGCAACACUUAGAUUUGAGCUUCAACAAGUUAAAUGGACAUAUCCCUGACUCUCUUUUCAGCAUGAGUUCACUUUUCGCUUUGUUGCUUGGAAACAAUAGCCUAAAUGGUACAUUGCCUCAGCAAAAGAGUGAAUCUCUUCUCAAUAUAGAUGUAUCAUACAAUAAUCUAGUGGGAACAAUUCCUUCUUGGAUCAACAAACAAAAUCUACACAUUAACUUGGUUGGUAAUAACUUGACUAUAGAUAGUUCAAACAACAGUACUCUUCUUUCAGGAUUGAUCUGUCUUCAGAAAGAUUUCCCCUGCAAUCGAGAUCGUCCCCUAUAUUAUAACUUUGGGAUCAACUCUGGUGGUAAACAAAUUACCUCUUCCAAUGGUCUUGUGUAUGAAAAGGAUGAUGAAGCACUUGGCCCAGCUGAUUAUUUUAUCACCAGCUCCAAGAGAUGGGCAGUAAGCAAUGUUGGAAUUUUCUUAGGGAAUAACAAUGCUACCUAUACAAGUAAUUCAUUUUCUCAAUUCACAAAUACUUUAGACCCUGAACUAUUCCAAACCACAAGGCUUUCUGCUUCUUCAUUGAGAUACUAUGGUUUGGGGCUCGAGAAUGGUAACUACACUGUCAAACUCCAGUUUGCAGAAAUUGGUUUCGAAAAUUAUCAGACAUGGAAAGGUCUUGGCAGGCGAAUAUUUGAUAUUUAUAUCCAAGGAAAGCUUGAAAUAAAAGAUUUUGAUAUCAAAAAAGAGGCAGGUGCAGUCCCUCUCCGAGCAGUUCAGAAGGAAUUUAAGGCUCGAGUUUCACAAAACUACCUCGAAAUCCAUCUUUAUUGGGCUGGAAAAGGAACUUGUUGCAUACCAGCUCGAAGUACUUAUGGACCUUCUAUUUCAGCAAUCAGUGCUACUCCAAAUUUCAAACCUACUGUCAGUAACAUUCUUCCAACGCAAAACAAGAAUCAUACUAGUAUGAUUGCGGGGGUCAUUGUUGGGGCUGUCAUUUUAAUCCUUUUGUCUGUUUUAGUUGCCUUCUAUGUUGUUCAAAGAAGAAAGAAGUCCCGAACGAAUGAUGAUGAUGAAGAGUUCUUGGGGAUGGAUGUUAAGCCAUUCACAUUUGAUUAUGCUGAACUUAGGACGGCGACAAAUGAUUUUGAUUAUUCUAAAAAGUUGGGAGAAGGAGGAUUUGGACCUGUUUACAAGGGAACACUUGAAGAUGGAAGAGCUAUUGCAGUGAAGCAAUUGUCUUUGACUUCUAACCAAGGAAAGAGCCAAUUUGUGGCUGAAAUCGCCACAAUAUCUGCAGUGCAACACCGUAACCUCGUCAAAUUAUAUGGAUGUUGUAUUGAGGGAGACAAAAGGCUUCUUGUUUAUGAGUAUAUGGAGAAUCAUAGUCUUGAUCAAGCACUAUUUGGUAACCAAAGCUUGAAUCUGAAUUGGUCAACAAGGUUUGGCAUUUGCUUAGGCAUAGCAAGAGGUCUAGCUUACCUUCAUGAAGAGUCACGAGUUCGAAUUGUACAUAGAGAUGUCAAAUCCAGCAACAUUCUACUUGACUCUGAUCUUGUCCCGAAAAUAUCAGAUUUUGGUUUGGCCAAACUUUAUGAUGAUAAAAAGACUCAUAUAAGUACAAGAGUCGCAGGAACUAUUGGUUAUCUUGCACCUGAAUAUGCCAUGCUUGGUCACCUUACUGAGAAAACAGAUGUGUUUGCUUUUGGAGUUGUGGCAUUAGAAAUCGUUACUGGCAGACCGAAUUCAGACUCAAGCUUGGGUGAAGAAAAGACUUAUCUUCUUGAAUGGGCUUGGGAUCUACAUGAAGAAGACCGCGAAAUAGAGCUUGUUGACUCGAAAAUAUCAAAAAAAUUCAACAGGGAAGAAGUGAGGAGAACCAUAAGAGUAGCUUUCUUAUGCACUCAAGCAUCACCUACAGCUCGUCCAUCAAUGUCCAAAGUGGUGGCAAUGCUUUCAGGAGACACUGAUGCGAGGGGCACUGAAGUUUCGAGGCCUGGUUACUUGGUUGAUUGGAAAUUCAACGAUGCCAACACCUCAAUGAGCCAGAUUGAACAAGGGACAACUGAUCCUAUGCUAUAUGAUUCAUGUGCAAGUAUAAGCAUGGUUGCAAUGCCAUCACCAAGCCAUAAUAAUCCAACUCAUCCAAUGCUUCAAGACAUCAAUAAUGAGUUGUGAAGUUGAUACAAAUGGUUUUACAAAUCACAAAUCAGUAGCUUUCAUUGGAUGAAGGGCUUAAACGAAUUAGUUUCUACUAAAAUUUGUCAUAAUGGGUGGGACUAACUGUGUACAUUCGGGCGGCCUGACCCGAUUCAGCCUGUUUUUUCAAAAACCCAUUUUCAUAGGGAAAUUUGUUUUCUAUACUUAAAUGUACCUAAUAUUUUAUCCCUAAACUCAUACAUAUCACCAUUGAAAAUAUAUGACUACUUAAAUAUACCUAA